AUGUCUAUAUCGCCCUGGGGUUGCCGAGCUCUGCUGGGCGCUGCAGGGACACGGGCUGUGCCUCCGGCCGGGUACUUUGGUUCAAAACCGCCCCGUCGGGACGAUGGCUGCUUUCCAGAGGAGAGUGGAGAGGAUGAGAGCAUCAGGCUGGUCACCAGCUCUCCGUUAUCACAUUGUCACAGAGUAGCCUCUGCAAAACAAAGACCGCCCCCAGAGUUUCUAAACCCGAAAGGAAGCCAGGCACGAGAAACGAGGCUUGCUGCCCUUCCCUCCGAAGGGAAACCCGGGGCCAGGGCUCUCUCCACUGCCCACCAUUGCCAAUCGUUGUCUCCGGCAGCUGCCAUGCUGGCAGCCCCCAAGGAAAAUCGAAUUGAGGCAAGGGCUCAUUCUGAGGCGAUCGAGGGAGAAAAGCUGGUUGGGGGCCGCCGGCCCGGCCGCAGCCGCUCGGCCCCGCCGGUCGGCACCGCCCGCCCGCAGCACCGGGCACCGGGCACCGGCAGCGCCGCGACGGGGCGGCAGCGGCUGCUGCGGGCGGCGUCACGGGGGAGGAAGGAAAGUGAGGGCAAGGAAAGUGAGAGAACAGAGGAAAGGGUGGGAGAGAGAAGCGAGUUUGAGAAAGAGCGGCUGAAAGUAGAAAAGGAUCUCAGUAAACCUCCCCCCUGCCCUCCGCCCCGUGUCUUGCAUCCCUAUCGACCUGCUCCGGAGCCUCGCGGCCGGCUCGGGCAGGGACGAGAGUCUCGGACCGUCCCGUCCCGCAGCCCGGGGACGGCAGCCCUGUCGGGCCUACGCGGACUCAGUGCCGGCCGGCAGCCCGGGGAGCGGGCGGUGGCAGCGCCCAGUCCCAUCCUUGUCCUCGUCCCUUGUCAGUGCCGCCUGCCCAAGGGAGCCCCGCGCUUCCCUCCCCGCGCCCGCGGGCAGCGCCAAGGGCGGAAUGGGCCGGACCAGCCCUGCCCUCCCUCUCCAGAGGCGCUGACACUUCAGGGCUCACCCCGGCCGUGGCGAGGGCCGCCGGUGCCCCGGGAAGGCGGCCGGCCGGCACCGGGCGGGCUGGCAGCGAACGGCGGCCAGCGUGGGCAAAUAUCAUCGCAGCAGCGGCGGUGA